AUGUUGGAUAAAUUGCCAUUAGAAAUUCAAAUUAAACUAUUGUUUAUGGUCCCAAAUUCCAAUUUAAAAUUCGUCAAUAGUCAUUUCUAUAUUUUGUAUCAAGACUUGUAUUAUCAUAAAAUCAUAAAUGUGUUUGGUGAAGAUACAAUCAACGUUAUCAUCAAGAUCUUACCAUGGUUAAAACCAUACAUCAAAUCAUUGGACGUUUUCCGAAAAGAGGCACGACUAAUAAUUGCCAAACGUUUGAAAUUGGAUGAUGUACCUGUUAUAAUUAAUGAAUCAGGCUACCCAAUAGGUGUGAAUCCGUUAAAUUGUCAAUAUAUUAAAGAUUCAUGGAAAUAUAUUUACUCAAUUUUGAAGAAUAAGCGUCUUUAUGCUGAGUAUUGUGAUUACAAGAUUGAUGAACCUUCUAAUUAUAUAUUUAAUCAUUAUGUUGAAAUAAACAGAACUUAUUUAUUAAGCUUCAAGAAGAUAUGUUGGUUGGCUCCUGGUAAUUACAAUUUGAAUAUUGCAUUGGCAAUCAAGAAUGGGCAAGGUUUAGGCACAACUAAAUUUGAAAUCAAGUAUCAAUAUGUCAAUGAAAAGGGUGAGACAGUUACUAAUACACAAACAUUCUAUCCACCAACAAAUAUCAAUGAAAUUUUACCCAAGAACCAAUUUGUUUGUUUGAAACUUGGAAAUUUUGAAAUCCCACAGCCUUUCUCCGCCAAUGAAAAGCAUCUUGCUGACCAACUUCAACAAGGGAAUCAUCAUAAUAAACUACGUAGAGUUGAAGUAGUAAUGGAAGAAAUUGGCUUGUAUUUAAAGAGUGGGUUUAGAGUGUACUACAUUGAUAUUAGUCAACCAUCUAUGUUGUUCAACGAGUAUGAUUUGUUAUAUUAUCUGGUUAAUGAAAAUGAUUAUAAAUAUUUCAUUAAUAUUCUACUCAAAAACUUAUACAAGGCAUUAAAUUUUGUUCAGAAUGGAGGAUAUUCAGAUGAUUUGAGCAUUCAAUGUUGGAGAGAAAUGUAUGGCAAUGGAGAUCCAUUCUCCAUCAUAGACAAAUACGACAAACAGUUUUUAUUGGAAUAUGGGAAUAAUGGACUGUCGUCCAGUGCCAUGAGUACCUCUGUUUCUACAUCAUCCACUUCCUCAAACAGUUCAUUACAAGAUUACAUAUUAUAUGAUAAUAGGAAGAUCUUGAACUACGGAAGAUUUUUCUAUUUGAAUAAUUACAAGAAAAGAUACUUCAAGUUUACUACUAUAUAUCAACAACGACAAUUCAUUAAUAGAUUUGGUGAUUAUACUAUUGAUUGGAAAGAUACUAAGAACGAUGAUCAAGAAAAUGAAAAACCAAGACGUUGUCGAUAUGAUAAUGAAGGACUCAAGUGGAAAAUUCCCAUCCUUAGUCAACUUUAG